CAGUUCAACACGCAGUCAUUACCAGCGCCCAAACCAAACCAUAUUCACAAUGAUCCGUUAUUUUCUACUCAAUACCAUAUACUAAAGAGAUUUCCCGUGUUGUUUCCUAAAAUGUCCUCCUUUUUAUAUCAACGGCAAACACUAUACAAGAGAUUUUCGUAGUAUUUUGUGUUUGGUUGGGGAGCGUACAAAUAUGUUGUACCGGACUGUAGAGCUGGCCCAAAGUGAUCAUUUGAUACUACCAUGUGUUAGCGGUCAUGCCACUGUUAGGUGACCUGAAUCAUAGCACAGACGGAGGCCUCGCAUGGGGUUACGCUUUUACAUUUAUCCCUCGUGGGUGUCAGGUGCGUCGAGCCGGGGCACAAGCCAUUGGAAUUAAAGAAACUAAAGGCAGAAUACAAAUCACUCAAGCGCCUCAAGGAUGAUAUUGCUAAUCUACGUGUGACAUUUUGUGCACACUGAAUUGUUUGUUUAUUUCCUUGUGUGUGUGUUGUGUUGAUAGGCCGUCUCCCCCAGCACUACCAAGGAACGUGCAGUACGCGAUGGUUCGACCGCUGGCAGAAGUGCUGACGGAGCCUGAGGUGGUGCGCGGCCUGACGCAGGACUCGGCCUUCUUCAGGUUUCCAAAGGGUGCGUUGGUGACGGUGGCGGCCGUCCACUGGCGGCCACACACCGUCGUGACUACGGAUGCUGACGGCCGCCGGAAAGUGAUGGGUCCCAUGGGCAACGUGCUCACGAUGAAGCGUGACUGGAUCUUGAGCGUCCCUGUAGUGUGGCGCGUGGGUGUGACGUUGUCUUUCCUGUGUGUGUACAGGUACAACGUGGUGUCGCCGGCGGACGGUUCGUGGGGCUCCCAGGGGCCCAACGGCACUUGGUCGGGGAUGGUGGGUCAGGUGAACCGCCAGGAGGCCGACAUCGCCCUUGGGCCUUUCGGGGUAAGCUACGACCGGGCUCAGGUUGUUGAUUUUACCGAGUCUCUAUUCUUCGACGCCCGAGGUCUUCUGUCAAGCAAAGGUGUCCCAGAAAUUGAUCCAUGGGGCUUUCUGUACCCGCUGACUUGGCUGGUGUGGGCGGCGGUGGCGGCGGCCGUGGGGGUGGUGGGGGUGGCCACGGCGGUGCUGGGUCGCCAGCGUGGAGGCGUCGUCUCCGUGGAAUGGUUGGGAGGCGUUCUCUUCCAGGACGUGCGGGUCUUUUUUAAUCAAGGUUGGUCUGUAUUAUCCCCAGAGAGAGAGAGAAAAAAAAAACACAAAAUAAUGAAUGAUGGGCCCGCAUUACGUGGUGUCAAUAUUAUAGGCAUUAGGAGAGCUGAGUUUGGGCGCGGCGGGGUGGCGGUGCUGGGCUCGUGGAUGGUGGUGGCGGCCGUGAUCUUCUGGAGCUACACGAGCGCACUCACUUCCCUGCUGGCCGUGCGCCUCAUCCCGCAGCCCAUCCAGACUCUCAGGGACCUGCUGGACGACCGUUCCGUCACCCUCGUCAUGCCGCCAAAAAACAUAAUGACCGACACAAUGUCGAAAAUGAAAUCAGGAGAGCUGAGAGAAGUGUAUGACUUGAGCUCCGUGGGCCGCAUUAAGUACGAGAGCACAUCCGUUUAUCACAAGAUGCUUGAGACCGCGGUGCGUCAGGACAAAUACUCCAUCUUGGAAACGAUCCUCACCCUCGACCUCUUGAUAGCCGGGGACUUCCUCAGGACAAGUAAGAGCGGGUAUAGGCGAGGGAAGCGAUGUGACUUCUACAAGGCGAGGCAGACGUUCUUCACGACCGCCCACUGCAUGAUCGGCCAGAAGAGCAGCCCCCUCGUGCCGGCCAUCGACCAAAGGGUCCGCGUGAUGGUGGAGUCCGGCCUGUACGUGCACUGGCUGAAGAAAGAGAUCCCGGCCAUCACCACCUGCCGCCUCUCCCCUUCCACCGUCUUAGUCACCGAGCAACUCUCCCUCGCCAACCUCUGGGGUUUGUUUGUGUUGCUCGGGGCCGGGCUCCUGCUGGCGGCGUCUGUCUUUGCCGUGGAGAUGAGCCUCAUUCCCAGGACACUAUAGGCCGUGAUGGCGGGCGUCUUCACCGCCUCCUUCCCCGACCAGCGGACCAAGGAAAAUGCAGCCUCGCCAGUCCUCCCUCUCACUGACUUUUCUCUGAGGUUUCCUAUGAUUUUUUUUAGUUUCACCGGCGAACCCUUUGGAUGUCAC